UGGUUAAGAAUCACUUCAGGUUUUACCUACAACAGCCAACAAACAAAAACAUCCAAACUUUUUGAUUGUUUAUAAAUUGGAGUUUCAGGUAGUACAAAUUUCCUGAUUCUGGGGAACAAAGUGAAAAUGGGUUUUUCUUUAUACUACAGCACUGGUGUGUGUAUGCGUGUUAGACCGGAAUUUGGAGUUCUUGUACCUGUAGUAUGUUCUGAACGGAAAGAACCUGGGGCAAUGCGUCGUCGAGUGCUAAGGAAAGUAGACAAUGAAUUGGCUAAAGGGAAUACCAAAACUGCACUUUCUCUUGUUAAGCAAUUGCAAGGGAAGCCCGGGGGUUUACGCGGUUUCGGUGGGGCUAAACAGGUACCUCUGAGACGAUACAGCCUGGAUGAACUGAAUUUGAGUGAAACGGAGAUUUCAACACUUCAACCAGUGAUGAAGUCGAUUCUGAAGUCUAUAGAUAUAAGCCUUCGCCUUGCUGCACUUCCAUCGGAGUCCCUUGAACGACUAGAGGAGGAAGGUAUGAAGCUUGACACCGUGGAUGAUGUUCCCUGUGAAGAUUACUAUAGAAUGUGCACGCAACAUGAAGCUGGUCAUUUCCUGACUGCUUACUUACUUGGAGUACUUCCAAAAAGAUAUACAAUACCAAGUUUGGAAGCUAUGCGGAACAAUGAAUUAGUUGGAGGUCGAGUAGACUUUAUCGGGUUUGAGUUUCUUAGCAGUGUUAGAAGGAUAACAUCUCUGAAGGAUAAAAGGGAUGCUGGAAAAGUAUCCCCAAUGGAAAAUCGAGUUCAGGUGUCAUCUAGGGUGAGUGACAUGCCCCUAUUGUCUUUCAAUACCUCUGCUUAUGAGUGCUGUCUAUCUACUCCUUCGAAAGACAACAACCUACAAAUACAAUUACAAAUUACUUGUAAAGCAUUCAGUCUUGCAACAUAUUUUUCCCUGCAGAAUUAUAACAGGUUAUCAUGUGUGGCAUUAGGAGGAUUGACAGCAGAGUGCCUUUCAUUCGGAUACUCUGAAGGAAGCUUUAACGAUGUGGAACAGAUUGAAACAUUAUUCCAAUCUUUAGGUUUCACAAGGGCUGAAACAGAUGCCCAAAUUAAAUGGUCUGUACUGAAUACUCUUUCAAUGUUAAGUCGGCAUUACAGUGCAAUACUAAAACUAGCUGCUGCAAUGUCUUCUGGAAAAUCUAUUGGCUUCUGUAUUGAUACAAUUGAAAGUUCCUUGGUUGGAAGUGAAAUUUAAGUUAUCAGUUGAUUCUACAA